ACCAAGGUCUCUCUCUCUCUCUCUCUCUCUCUCUCUCUCUCUGGGUUGUUGAUUCGAUUCUAGUAUUUGAUUUCACAGUUACUUGUUCAUACCACAAAAAAUCUAAUCACCUCUCUUUGCCCUCUCUCAAAAUGACAAGUUGGAAUCUUCUUCUCCCCACCUCAACUGUCACUUUCUCCAAAUCAAACCAUAGAUAUCCUGCUUCUUCACGAUUUGAUCCACAUCUUUCCACUACAUCUCACACUCGAAGAAAUCUCCACUUCACAUCUCUUCCUCUUCGCAAAUCCACCGAUUCCGGGUUCAAAAUCUCAGACCCAUCAAAACCCAUUUCUCAGAUUUGUAAAUCAAACAAUCAUUGCAACCAAGUAUGUGGAUACCCAUUUGGCUUCUCUCUCAAACCCACCUCAAAAGUCCUCAGAGCAGCCUCAGGAGCCCCACAAGAAUCCAGCCCAGAUGGAGAAAUCGACGAGGUUGCGAAGCCGAACAAGACCCUUCAACUUGCUGUUGUUUUUGGCCUCUGGUACUUUCAGAACAUUGUCUUCAACAUCUACAACAAAAAGGCACUGAACAUCUUUCCGUUCCCGUGGCUCCUUGCUUCUUUUCAGCUCUUUGUAGGGUCCGUUUGGAUGUUCUUUCUCUGGUCUUUCAAGCUCCAACCAUGCCCGAAAAUCACAAAACCUUUCAUUAUUGCCCUUCUUGGCCCUGCCCUUUUCCACACAAUUGGCCACAUCUCAGCUUGUGUUUCUUUUUCUAAAGUGGCUGUUUCUUUCACCCAUGUGAUCAAAUCAUCAGAACCUGUUUUCUCAGUUGUGUUCUCAUCUUUUCUUGGGGAUACAUACCCUUUAAAGGUUUGGCUCUCAAUCAUCCCCAUUGUUAUGGGUUGUUCUUUAGCUGCAAUCACUGAAGUUUCCUUCAACUUUCAAGGCUUGUGGGGGGCUUUGAUUAGUAAUGUCGGAUUUGUUCUUCGUAAUAUCUAUUCAAAGAGGAGUUUACAGAGCUUUAAGGAAGUGAAUGGGUUGAAUUUAUAUGGUGUGAUCAGUAUAUUAUCACUGCUUUAUUUAUUCCCAGUGGCUGUGUUUGUUGAAGGGUCUCAGUGGGUUGCAGGGUAUCAUAAAGCAAUUGAAACAAUAGGGACACCCAGUACAUUUUACUUAUGGGUGAUUACAUCUGGAGUCUUUUAUCAUCUUUAUAAUCAGUCAUCAUAUCAAGCCCUUGAUGAGAUAAGCCCGUUGACAUUCUCGGUUGGUAAUACCAUGAAGAGGGUGGUCGUGAUUGUUUCCACUAUAUUGGUAUUCAGGAAUCCUGUUAGGCCUUUGAACGCCCUUGGAUCAGCAAUCGCAGUGUUUGGGACUUUCCUAUAUUCACAGGCAACAUCAAAGAAAAUUUCCAAGAAAAAUGAAGGUGAAAAGUAGAGUUGAAAUGGCUUAGUUGUUUAUCUUUUGCUGUUCCUAGUUUGUUUGAUUUUAUAGCUUUGGAACUUCGAUUGUAGUGUUUUGUAUCCCGAGCGACCAAUUUUAUCGUUUUCGGAAAGUAUUUUGUUGCUUAUUUGUGGUUUUUUUCCCAUGAUAAUGUGCGGCAUUGUGUUGGUCUUGGGCACUUGCCUUUGCUAGAAAUGAUCAGUACAAACAGUACUGAUUGAAAUGAAUAAUAUGUUGUAUGCAUUUGAUCCUUA